AUGCUUGCUACUGGCCAAGGUCUUUUUGAAGUAUUACAAAAUGUGUUGAUAUCACUUGAUCUUGAUAUAGAUAAUGUAAGGGGACACGGUUAUGACAAUGGGUCAAAUAUGAAAGGGGGACAUCAAGGUGUACAAAAAAAACUCUUAGAUGUAAAUCGUAGAGCAUUUUAUACUCCUUGUGGUAGUCAUAGUCUUAACUUGACUUUAUGUGACGUUGCAAACAGUUGUGGGAAAGCAAGAGAUUUCUUUGGAGUAGUGCAACGUAUUUACACAAUAUUUGCUAAUUCCACAAAGAGGUGGCAUAUCUUGAAAUGUAAUGUAAUAAAUCUAACUCUUAAGCCAUUGUCAUCUACUCGAUGGGAAAGUCGUGUGGAAAGUGUCAAAGCAAUUAGAUAUCAAGUCAGUGAUAUUCGAGAAGCCCUACUUCAAGUGGCAGAUACAGACAGUGAUUCUAAAAUUCAAAGUGAGGCAAGAUCUUUAGCGACAAAUGAGCUUAGUAACUUUGAAUUUUUGCUAGCGACAGUCAUUUGGUUUGAAAUCUUAUUUGCGGUUAAUUUAGUUAGCAAACAAUUACAAACAAAAGAUAUGCUUCUUGAUAAUUAUAGAGAAAAUGGUUUUUCUAGUGCCAUGGAUAGUGCAAAGGAAAUUGCCAAUGAAUUAGAAAUUGAGCCAGUGUUUCCUCAAAAGCAAAAAAUUCGUAGAAAAAGACAAUUUGAUGAGAGUGUUGAUGACACUUCAUUAUCACCCAAAGGAUCUUUUAGAGUUCAUUAUUUUUUAUACAUUGUAGAUCAAGCUAUUAUUUCAUUGACCAAGAGGUUUGAGCAAUAUGAAGUAUAUGAAGGAACUUUUGGUUUUUUGUUUAGUUCUGACAAGUUACAAUCGAUGACUGAUAUCAAUUUGAAGUCUUGUUGCACUUGUUUAGAAGCAGCUCCUAAGAGAGAUGAUCAGUAUGGUGAUAUUGAUCGAAAUGAAUUGUAUUUGGAGCUAAAAUUGCUUAGAGAGAUUUUAUCAAAAGAAAAGAUAGGUGCACUGGGUAUAUUGAAUUCAUUGAAACAAAUGGGUUGUUUUCCAAAUGCUACUAUUGCAUAUCGAAUAUUAUUGACUAUCCCAAUUACUGUUGCCUCUGCAGAAAGGAGUUUUUCGAAGUUGAAAUUGUUGAAAUCUUACUUACGGUCAAACCAUACAUCCAUCACCGAAGUCGCCACCGCGAAGACUACGAUUCUGGAAGUCGCCACCGCUACCGCCCAGGCACCCACCGGCCACCACGGCAGCACUCCUGCCGGCUGCUGGUCCACCGCCUCCCACAGUCCCACUGCCUCGAUGUCGCCUCUGGAAGCCGCCAUCACCAGUCGCCUCAACACCAUCCCCAGAUGUAAGAAUGUAAAUGUAGUUCCAGACUUCCAGCAAGAAUUUAUGGAAACAUUCUUAAAAAGAAAAUCAACUUUUGGGGAUUCAUCUAGUCAAGGUAGUCGGGAAGUGACAAGUAGGCCGUGUAUUGGAGUUAACAUAGAUGAACUUGAAGUUGAUCCGGCUAAAAGGAAAAGCAUUUAUGAAUAUCAUAUCAAUGAUAGAGAUAUUGUGCGGCAAAGAUAUCUACAAAUAGGACUUGCUUUUCGUGGACAUGAUGAAAGCUAUGACUCACUUAAUCGAGGAAACUUCCUUGAGGCUUUAAGGUUACUUGCUAAUAAUAAUGACAAAAUUGCGAAAGUAGUGUUACAAAAUGCACCUGAAAAUCACCAAAUGACUGCCCCUUGCAUUCAAAAAGAUAUAGCUAAUGCAGUUGCAAGUGAGGUAACCCAAGUAAUAAUCAAUGAUCUUGGUGAAGAAUUAUUUGGAAUAAUAGUUGAUGAGUCGAGAGAUAUAUCAGUUAAAGAGCAGAUGAUUGUGUUUAUUCGGUAUGUGGAUUCAAGUGAAGAAGAAGAUGAAUGA